CAUUCGUUGUUUAUUUCCCGAAAACAGAGAUUAUAAAAAAGAAAUGGAGAGAACAAAAAAGAUAGCUCUGAUUCAGGAGCCACUCUCCGCUAACUGUGGCGCUAAAUCGUUCGUUCCUUUUUUCUUUUUCGAAAUCUAUUUUUAGCUUUUGUUGUUUCUUGUAAUAAUUUAUCUGUAUUGUAUUUCUCUACGCGUUCGUUGUAAUUUCUCUCUGGUCUCACUUCUCCGAAUUGCGUCGUUGCAGAUUUUCUAGGCCGCUGCAAUCUCCUCCCCCGUUUUCUUGUUCUUCGCAUUUGAAGAUUUUUUGUUUUUUCUCUCGAGGGGGAGGGGAUUUUUGCGCCGUUUGCUUGCUUGCUUAGGGUUUUCUUGUCUUAAUCUCUCCGAUACCGGAGGGGGAGGAUGCUUCUCCUUCUGUUUCGGUGAGGGAUUUUUAGUUUUCGCGGCGAGGGAAUGCCUGGGAUUAUUGUUAAUUGAUUUGGGUUUGGCGAUAUGAGUUGCUUUUCUUGUAUUAAUCCUCGAACUACAGACGGUAGCCGGGUCGAAAUUGAUAAUGGUGUUCGAAUUGAUUCCGAUAAUGGCGUUCGAAUUGAUUCCGGGUGUUCUGUUAAUUCCUCAGGUUCAGGUUCGGGUUCAGGGAGGGGAAAAGAAGCGCCUCGGAACAACAGUGGAAUCACUCCGAAGGGUGAGCGAGCUCGUAGUUUCACGUUCCGUGAACUCGCCACAGCCACAAGAGGUUUCAAGGAAGUGAAUUUGCUUGGAGAGGGUGGUUUUGGACGCGUUUACAAAGGACGUCUGGAAACAGGAGAAAUUGUUGCAGUUAAACAGCUUAAUCGUGAAGGGCUUCAGGGUUUUCAGGAAUUCAUUGUGGAGGUUCUCAUGUUAAGCUUGUUACACCAUCCCAAUCUCGUCACCUUGACUGGUUACUGCACUGAUGGAGAUCAAAGGCUUUUGGUUUAUGAGUACAUGCCUAUGGGAAGCCUUGAAGAUCAUCUUUUUGAUUUGGGUCCUGACGUAGAGCCACUGAGUUGGAAUACAAGGAUUAAGAUUGCAGUUUCUGCUGCCCGAGGCCUUGAGUAUCUCCACUGUAGAGCAAAUCCUCCAGUCAUAUACCGUGACUUGAAAUCAGCAAAUAUCUUACUGGACAAUGACUUUAAUCCAAAGCUUUCAGAUUUUGGACUAGCUAAACUGGGACCUGUUGGUGACAAUACUCACGUUUCAACCAGAGUAAUGGGAACAUAUGGAUAUUGUGCUCCAGAGUACGCCAUGAGUGGCAAAUUAACCCUUAAAUCUGAUAUUUACAGCUUUGGUGUGGUUCUGCUUGAGAUUAUUACAGGGCGCAAGGCAAUUGAUAUGACAAGGAAACCAGGGGAGCAGAAUUUAGUUGUUUGGUCCCGUCCUUUCCUAAAAGACCGCAAAAAGUUUGUGCAAUUAGUUGACCCCCUGUUGGAAGGACAUUUCCCUCUUCGAUGUUUGCAACACGCAGUUGCAGUUACUGCAAUGUGUCUUCAGGAGCAACCAUCAGUUCGCCCUCUUAUUAGUGAUAUUGUUGCAGCACUCGAGUAUUUGGCCUCUCAGAGUUAUAGACAUGAACAACGCAAUGGUAGGAAUCACAGUCCAUCACAAUCAUCAUCACCUCUACAACAGAAUAGUGACACCGAUGCCCAGGAAUCAAAUCCCAGAAAUUGCUAAACUUCUGUUUGGAGGUUGCUCUAUAGAAGUUGCUGAAAAAGCCAUGUGUAUAGACAUGUGAAACUUGCAAGAUAAAAAGCAAUUGAAGCAUGCUUUGCGAUGUAACAUAUGCAUUUAAAAGGAUACGUAUAUAACCUGUACAAAAAUACAGUACAAGUAUUUGGUUCAAAGGAAAAGGGUCUUUUGGAGAAACAUGUUUACACAUGUCAGCAAAAGCAGCUUCGUUUAAGGUACAAAUCAACCUCUGCUGUUUCAUUCAAGUUAAUUUAUCAACCUCCCGUUCGCCGCGAAGCUGCGUGGGACAUCCCAAGGUACAUAUAGGUGUGUAAUUUGCUCUGAUGCAUUUGUAGAUCCGUAAAUGGUAACUGUAUGUAGCUUGCAAGAGGGUCCUUGAAUUCUUUUUUUUUACCCCAAUCAUCUAUACUAUUUAUAUAUGUUUUUAAGAGAGGUGAAGAAAGUGCCCCCCUAUACAAUACUCUUCAUAUGUAAUGGGAAAUAUGAGUUAUGUUACGAAUAAUUCAAGCAUUUCUCUUCUUUUGCAA